AUGAGCGAUGUCCCGGCUGCCCGCUGGCUGCGCCGCCGCCGCCGCCGGCUUGUAAAUGAGCGCCCCGCUAAUGAACGGCCCGCUGCGGCGGCCGCAGCUGCCGUCGUUACGGCGCAGGCGUCAUCGCCGAGCCGCCGGCCGCUACUGCCCGGCUACUGCGCUUCGUUUACAUACGUUGCGGAAUCAGGAAGUCAAAUGCAGAGAGGGAUGACUCCAGAAAUUCCUCUUCUCAAACGACGCGUGACGCUCGUGAGUCGCUCUCCAGUGGACGCCGCGCCGUGGGUCGUGGCACGCUGGAGACUGCGCUGCGGCAGGCGGCUACCACGGCGGCGGCUGAGGCUGCAGUGCUUCGUGCCUGCGACCGGUAAAUCUCGCGCGCCGCUCAUUAAGGACGCGCCGUCAUUAGCGCCGAUACUGGCCGCCCCACCCCCGCCCUGCCGCCGGCCUGCUGCUGCAUUAUUCACGACGACGCCCGCGUGCUUCCACGCGACAUCUCCUCGCUAUUUGGUCCGCGGCGGGUUCCAGCCGCGCCUUCCGACUUCGCUGCCGCCCCCAGGGCAGCAGCAGCAGCCGUCGCCGCUACGACAGCCCGUCCCGUUGAUGCCUCCCGCGCAGCUUCAUACGGGAGCGCCCCGGGUGGUCGCUCCGGCGCCUGCGGUCCCUCUUCAAUCGCCACCGCCUUCGGAGCUGAUGGACGUCGACCCCUCAGCCGGGCCGCCUUCCCAAGCGGUGGCUGUGCAGCCUGUACUGCAGCCGCUUUCCUUGGGCACCCCCAAGGAGUCUGACACCGCAGCGCCUUGUCCGGCGCCCACUCAGCAGCCGUCGACGCAGCGUCAGGAGACGCUGCCUCUCUUCGUGGGUCCCGACGCCCCGUCGCGUCCGGUACCAGAAGCUGCGCCCGUGGUCACAGGCGUGCACCCUGACCUCGGUUUUCAGUCGGUGUUUCCCGAGGCCCCGCGCAGCCAAUGCUGGGGUGCGGAACGGGGACUGCCACCGACAACAGUCUCCGCCCCGGUCUCUUCUGCUACGUCUGCGGCUGGAGUAAUAUCCAGUGUGACGUCCGGUAGCGAGAAAGGCGCUGUUUGGAGAGUAGGUGAGAGAGCCGUCGCGGACUUAAUCCCGGGCGCCGGCGGACGCGCGACACGGCGGGACAAGCAGGAAGAAGCAGAGGCCCGUCCCGCGGCAAGACUGAUGGCGGCGAUUCGUAUCGUAUCGGCCGUCAGGAGGGCGGCGGCGCGCCGCGCGACGCAUUCCCCAAAUAAUUGCCGGCGGCCGACCACCCGGGCGUCCGCACCUCGCGGCCGCCUGCACCUGCCCGCGGCCGGCCCGCGCUCGGCGAAUCCCAGCCACCGUCGUGCAGAAGCACCGCCGUACGCGCGGCUUCGUCAGCACUUGCUGGUAAGCACACCGGACAAAAAUAUGCUCAUUCCCAGGUGA